AUGGCAUCUCCCACAGCUUCUGAAUUCGGGCUCGAGCUCCAAAGUUUGUACCGAAUCACCCUUGCUAAGGACAGGGAAAUUCACAAGCUCACAACACCAAGGACUCAGCUCCAACUCACCACGAGAAACAAGGACCCAGAUCUUUGUCGAACGGCAUCAACUCCUACCGAUCAAAACUGCCACCCCCGCAAGACCUCACGGUUCUCCCUCUUAGAUCUUCCCGAAGAUUAG